UUUUGACUUUUUACAAAAAAAUGGCUGAUCAAAAUGAAGAAAAGCGAUCAACUCCAGAUAUAGAGGACACUUCUUUGCAAGACGAGAUCAACCGAGCAAUUUCAGAAAAUUCAGGAAACUCCAUUGGCUCUAAAAAGUCUGUAACAGCAACAGUCAGCCAGUUGACAGCGAAAGCGUUGCGGGAGUUUCGACUUGAUGACGAAGUCCUUCACAAUAUUUCGGGAGAGCUUAAUGUCGAAAGUUUUCAUUCAUUCGACAGAGGUUUAGAUGAAGCAAACGAACAGCAAACUUUGCUUCAAGAUGAAGACGGCGAAAAUCGUCCAGAUGUGGAAACUAUUGAUAGAAAUCAAGUGGAGUUUGAUGAAAACAUCGAUGUUGUCAAUACUAGAGAUUUUAUUGAUGAAGGAGACGAUUCGGAUGGUGAAAAUGAUUUGGUGGUCUUGGAUCCAGAACAUCCCUUGAUGUUGCGGUUUCAAAAUGCCUACAAAAAUCAUCUUCUGAAGCAGAAAGAAAAGUUAGAGCUCGAAGAAAGAGAACUGCGCGAGGAAUUAAACAAACGCCAUAAAGAUAGAGAGGAGAUUGGUGUCAAUCUGUACAAUUCUCAACAAGAGCUCGCUCGACUGCAAAUGUUGUUAGAAAAACAACAUGAUGUUUACAACGAGAACCACAGGUUACGAAUGAAGGCCGAGGAGAAGAUGAGCGAGGUCAGAGAAAUACAUCGAAGUAAUACAAAAUCACUUUCUGAGCAGAGAAAGAAAGCGGAAGAACUUCGAAUUGAAGUAGAGAAUCUUGCGUCACGUGUUCUAUACAUGCAAGAGGCAAAGGAGCAAGUGCGGUCUGACAUUGCAGUUAUGAAACGUGCAGCAGAAAAAGCUCAUGGUGAGGUCUCAGAAGCUGAACAAUUAAAGAAGAAACAAGAUUUCCUUGUGGAUCGUCUCACUCAGAAGGUAGAAAGACUACACGAGGAUAUUGCAAUGUUUGACGCUCAAAGGAUCGCCCAGGAAGAGGAAACAAAGUCAACACAGAAAACUCUCGCCGAGGCUAUUAAUGAAAUUGAGGCGAUAGAACUGGAGAAGAAGCAGUUAUAUCAGCAAUGGCAGAAUAGUUUGAUCGGCAUAAGUCGUCGUGAUGAAGCAUAUGCGGCCAUGCAGCAAGCCAUAAGUCUUCAAAAAGAACAUAUCAGGACGAUUGAAACAGAACUUGAUGGCUUCCGCAACUCCAUCUCCAAGGCUCAAACGACCAAUGAACAGUUGACUUUGAUGCAACACAGAGUUGAAGCUGACAUAGCAAUGGUAAAGAAGAUGAUUGGUGUAAGCUUGAACAAACAAGAAAUAUUGAAAAUGGAAUAUAGUAAAUACAGUCGGACACUUCAUGAAACUGAGCUGGCUUUAAAUAAAACCAAUACCGACAUAACUCUACGAGAAAACGAGCUUACAGCUUUAAGAAAGCAGAUUGAACGUGAAUACGAAGAGAAAGGACGAGUAGAGGAAAAUAUCAUGGAGAAACUUCGUGAGCAGAUGACAUUUGAUAAAGCUGCACAAUACAGUAAGAAAGUCACUGAUAAAAUAAAGAAACGUGGAACUGAAUUGGACAACCAAUUGGCAUCAGUCGAGAACGAUAUAUCACGUGAUCUGAUGGCGAUUAGUAAUGUACGCACACGUGUUCGCAACCUGGAGGAGAUCCUUAAGCAGCUGAACGAAGAAAUACGAAAAAAGAACGAGACGGCGACGACGAUUGAGAAUGACAUCUUAAAGAAAAAUGCCGUGAUUGAAAGAAAACAAAGUUUGGUGGAUCAAUACAACAAACGUAUCGAAUCCCUGAAAAAUAAAGACGGGGGUCAACAGUUAGGUCCACUUGAACUGCAGAUCAGCACCUUGCAGAAACAAGUGGAGUCUUCCAACAAUAAAAUUAAUGAACUUCAACAGUUUUGGUUGAGAAAUCAGAAUGAACUGGUUAAGACAGUUGAGAAGGUCGGACAGCAGUCAGAAGAGAUCAAGAAUCUUAAGAAACGACAUUCUAUAUUGCUUCAUAAAAAACAACGAACUGAAGGAGAUAUUGAGCAUCAUAUGGGAGAAAUGAAGGAUAUUGAACGCAGCAUUCGUAACAUGCAAAAUGAAAUGACAAAACUCAACACCCUCAUAACCAAAGAAAGAGGAAUGAAAAAUAGUUUGGAACAAAGUAAUAUUCUUACGGAGGAUGAGUUUAUUCGAACUUUGAAGGAAGCUGAACUCGAAUCAAUAGAGAUGCAGAGCAAAAUUGACGGCAUGAAAGAAGAGAAGGAACGUUUAUUAAACAGCCUUGUCGAGGCAGAGAGACAGAUCAUGUUGUGGGAGAAGAAGACACAAUUGGCACGUGAAGCUAGAGCGACGGUUAAUGAAGAUUACGGACAUGGUGAAAUUAAAACCAUGAAAGCUGAAAUACAUCGCAUGCAGGUUCGCUACUCACAGCUCAUGAAACAACAAGAAAAAAUGAUUCAAGAUAUGGAAAAGUCAAUCACGCGUCGGGAGUUUAUCAUAACCAGAGGUGAUGCUCAAUUAAAAACAGGGAAGAAUGUGAACACGAAGGGAGCUUACGAUAGAAAGAUCGCUGAACUGAAGAGCAAAAUAAAGAAGACGAAUGACAGUGCGACCCAUCUCGAUAACGACAUUCGUGUAUUACAAGAAAAUAAAAAAGAUCUCAGUUCACAGUUAGAAAAUAAACAGACAAAGGUGUACGAGUUGCAAGGUGCUGUUGAUGAAGUUGACUCGAAGAUUGAUCUGUUAAGUGAUCAACGACAAAGAAAUUUAGCUGAUAUUUUAUCAUCUCAAAAAAAAGUCAAGCAUUUAACAGCAGUCAAAGAAGGAAGAUAUACUACUCUUUGUAAAACUUCUGAAACACUGGACACUGAGUUACAAAAGCAAAAAGAUCGUUUACAAUCCUUGAUGAGCAUUGUCGAUCGUCUCAAUCAAGAGUUUCCAUAUGCUCAACCAGCUUUGAGGAGAAUCACAUUGUCAUUAAGCAGUCGCUGUCAAAAUGGCGAUUUCAGUUAACUUAUUUAGCAAAUUAGCUAGUUUGCUCCAUGUUGUUGAACGUUUGACAAAAUUCACCACGCAUUUUAUGUAUAGUUGUUUUUAAUAGAGUUUCACUGUACCAAUUUAAUGCAGUAUUACGUUAAUCAUGCCCCAUGAAAGGCACCUAAAUAGCUUCAUCGGAAGUCAAUAAGGCAGGAGUAAGUUCUUAAAGCAAAGGUCUUGAGCUCAGUUAUUUUUUGUAAUGGGUUUGUCACAAUAAACUUUUCGAAAUUUUA